GAUGAACUAAAGAAACGCUAUGAUAAAAAUGACUCUGCUGUUGUACACAGCUACAAAUUUUGGACGAAGAGGCAAGGUCGGAAUGAAUCGUUAGAAGAUUUUGUGAUAACCGUGAAAAACUUAGCUGAAAGGUGUGAUUUUGGAGAAUUCAAGGACAGGGCUAUUCGCGACAUGUUGGUGAUUGGAGUUAACGAUACUCAGUUGCAAAAGAGAUUGUGUGACGAAGAGGAUUUGUCUGCUGCGAAAGCGGAAAGACUGAUUCUCAAUUCCGAGAUUUCAGCUAGUAGGACAAAGCAACUAAAUCGUGAUGAUGACAGGCGUGUAAGCGUUGUAGCAAGAUUGGGCCACCGACCGGACAUUUCGCGAUCAAGGAACAGAUUCCGAAGUAGGAGUCGUAGUUUUGACAGGAACCGAUCGUUUUCGUCCAGAAGUAGAAGUAACAACAAAUAUCAAAGCACAAGAGGUUCAGGUAAACCAGUUUACGUUUGUUCCUAUUGCAAAAAAACUGGACACACUAGGAAGUUUUGCUACCGUUUACAUGGCAAAAGCCCGCGUAAAAAUCAGGCCAGCGUUAAAUUUGUUGAUACUCCAAAAGCAUCCUCUAGCAAGUCAUCUAGCUCCACGAAAGAUUCAGGACUUUUCAAGAGAUUAAAGGAAGAUUUAGAUUACGAGUCAGACUAUUCCGACGGAAUGCCUUGUCUUAUGAUUUCGUCCGUCAACAAGAUCAGCGAUCCCUGCUAUGUGGAGGCUUUAGUUAAUCGGACACGUUUGACCAUGGAAAUCGACUGCGGUUCAGCGGAGAGUGUGAUUCCGGAAGAGUUGUACCUGCGAAAUUUUGCAAGCUGCGAGCUGCAGCAUUGUAAUAAGAAGUUAGUUGUGAUUGACGGAAACAAGUUAAAAGUUGUUGGAAGAAUUUUUGUGGAGGUACAGCUCGCUGGGAAUCAAAAACAGCUAAGCAUGGUUGUUUUACGUUGUAAAAACGAUUUUAUCCCGCUGGUUGGCCGCACAUGGUUAGACGAGUUCUACGCCGGUUGGAGAAAUACGUUCACCAACCCUCCUUUGACUGUGGGGAACAUUGACCUGGCUGACGAACAGAAAGUUGUUGAAGAAGUAAAGAAUUUCUCUUGGGGGAAGGAUGGUGUUGGCGCAUAAGCGUCAGCUCAAGCUGCCGUCUUACACUCACCGCAAAGGAACGUUAGUGUUCCCAUUUGGGAGUGUGAAUGCCCCUAUAAACGAUCCAGCACUCAUUUUAUCGCCAAAUCCGGUAGCAGCACCAGUUUCGUCAUCUUUAACAAAUCAAGCACCCAUUUUGUCAUCUGUACCGUCAGUAGAAUCUGUUUUGUCAUCGUCUCCGGUAAGAUUGCGUAACGAUGUUCGUAGUACGAGCAAAAGAAGAAGAGAAGAAGAUGAACAAGAUUCCGAAGAAGUUUCAAAUCCAGAUUUUGAGUUCUAUGGCUAUCCUGCCGAUUCUUUUAUUUUUGCAAGUGAUGAACCUGAAAUAGAUUUGCAGGAUCAGGUUUCUGAUCCACUUCCAGUGGUUCCGAUAAGAAGAUCAAGAAGAAGGAAUAAGAAGCGAAGAAGGAGUGAUUUUGUCUACUAUUAGUAGUUUCGAAUUACGUAGAAAAUUUUAAAUUGUAAAUAUGUAUAUUCCGAUUCUUUUAGAAGUUAAGCAUAAUGUGCUUUCGAACAUUUUAAAGUUCAAAUGAAUUAGAUUAACCUUUUAGAAAUAAAUGAAUUAUUCUUGAACUGAAGGAUGGAGGAGUUGUAGUAGUGACGAGAACUUGAGAACUCGCUCAGAGAUAUCGAGUGAUAGUACGAAGAGAGAAAAGGGAAAAUAGGAGAAGUUCGGCAGUGUAAGAAAUAGGAGAAAUAUAAGAUUUCAGAACUUUAGUGACUACCAACGAAGUAACACCUGUUUUAAUUUAUCGUUCCACAUACCAGAAGUUUCUAUACCUCUCGUUAACCAGUCAUUUCAG